UUUUCAAUUGCUUUGCAGAACAAGCAAGGAAGUAACCAGAAAAAAAACAUGGCAUUUUUCUGCAUGGUGGGUGUGGAGAGUAUGUUGAUGGGAAGCAAUCUCUAUACAUCAAUUUUUUUUUUCUUUUUUUGGCUAAGAAUCUUUGUAGCAUUUAAAACUUUAGCUUAUUAAAGUUUAUUAAUAAUAUAAGUCCAAAUUUACAUAAAUGAGAAGUCCUUCCAAAGAAAAUAGAAAUUGAUGUGUUUUGCUGAAAACACUCCCAUCAAUGUCAAUUCCCCAAAAAAGACUCUUCUCAAUUCCUUCAAUUUCCAUUUUUCCAAAAUGCCUCAUCCAAAAUUUUUCUUCUGACACUUAAACUGAGAGAAACUGAGGGUUGGGUCCCACAUGGGUUUUCUCCUUUAAACCCCGAUUCUUGAAUCCAAAGGCUCUAUUGGGUUUUUCAUUUUCUUCUUCUGGGUUCUUGAUCUUGAGAUUCUAUAACCAAAAUCAGGGUUCAGUUUUUUUUUUUUCUUCUUUUUUUGUCCCUCAAGUCACAAAAUAGGAAAUUAAGGUCGUUUUCAAUGGAGUUAUUGGGCAGUACAGAACAACAAAAGCUUAACUAAAAGCUCUCAAUUUUUCUGCAGGAGAGAGAGAGAGAAGAUUUUUGGUUUAUGGGUUUAUCUGGGUUUUUCGUGGUGUGUGUUCUCCAUUCUUUGGUGGCUCUGACAUGUGGAAUUCUGAUGAUGUUCUACUCCAACGAGCUCUAUAUUUUCGGCCAUGGCUUGGAAACUGCCAGAAAGCUUCAAGGGUCAACACCCCAUGAUCAGCUCUUGUUUCGGACCUCCGAUUCGUUCUCGGGUUUGCUUCUAUUCGCAAUUGGGUUCCUACUUUUCAUGGUGGCUUUUGUAAAGGACAGAGAGUUUCAGAGCUUCUUUGCCAAAGGUUGUGUUUUGCUUCACAUCGCCAUGGCCAUUUGGAGAGCUUGCUUUGAGAGGAAACUUGAAGACCUUUCUAGCGAUUGGCCUAGGCAAGUUGUUGGGGAUAUUGCAUUGGCCUUUUCAUGGGUUUUCCUUCUUGUCUAUUCUUGGAGAGAAAAGUAUGAUUAAUUGGAGCGCGCACACACAUAUUUUUUAGUUAGUUUGUGAUCCAAGAAAAGUAUGAUUAAUUGGAGCGCACACACACACACAUAUAUAUAUAUAUAUUUUAGUUAGUUUGUGCACAUAAGUUGAUUAAAGUAGAGAAGUUCAACAUCAAAGAUUGAAGAUUCCUGGUUAGUUCAUCUUGUCUUAAAAUUGUUGUAAGAUUUGGGAAGGAAAAAAGAAAGGAUCUUGAGAUGGGCUUCUUUGUUUUGUUUAA